AUGGCCAACAUCGAGAAGCCGCAGAUAUAUGAGCACGCCGAAAGCCUUUCAGCUGCGAAGAAGCACCAUGAUGACAAUCAGAAACUUGGAGACCUCGAGCAAAGCCUCGUUGAUGACCCAGUGUACCGUGCCAAAGAGCGAAAACUCGUCCGUCGCCUGGACAUGACACUGAUGCCAAUGGUUUGGAUCCUUUACAUGUUUAAUUACUUGGAUCGAAACAAUAUUGCUCAAGCGCGCCUCAACAGCUUUGAGGAAGAUCUCGGUCUCGUUGGCAACCAGUUCAAUGUUGCCGUCUCGAUUCUCAAUGUCGGUUACAUGCUUGCGCAGCUGCCGUCCAACAUGAUCAUCACAAAAGUCCGUCCUUCGAUAUACCUACCAUGUUGCGCGGCUGUCUGGUCUUGUGUCUCAGCGGCAACAGCUGGCACCAGCAACUUCUCGGGUCUCAUCGCCAUUCGGUUUUUCCUGGGUAUAGUAGAGGCUCCUUUUUUCCCUGGAGCUUUUCACAUUAUGAGCUCCUGGUAUACUCGCUCAGAAUUGGCCCUGCGGACGGCUGUCCUUUACUCGGGAUUGAUCCUCGCGACGGCGUUCUCUGGCCUCAUCGCUGCUGGCAUCUUUCACGGUCUCGACGGCGCAAGAGGCCUUGCCGGGUGGCAAUGGCUUUUCGUUCUUGAGGGCGUCGGAAGCUUCGUUGCGGCACUCGUGGCACUCCUCAUCCUGCCGGACUACCCUGAGUCGAAGCAGAGUUGGUGGGCCAUGCCAGAGGACCUCCGCAAGUUUGCCCACGAACGGGUUCUACGGGAUCGCGUAUCGGAGCCCGAGGGCAAGCGGUCUGUGAUCGUUGGCGUCAAGGAAGCAGCUAAAGACUAUCGAACUUGGAUCUUCGUGCUCCUUCUAUGCGCAAAUCACACUGCAUAUGGAUUUAACAACUUCUUCCCAACUAUCAUGCGGGGCUUCAACCUUGGUUCUACGGAGACCACGCUCUUGCUCACAGCCCCGCCAUACCUUGUCGCUGCAAUCGUCUCAUUCUUUGCUGCAUACUCCUCGGAUAAACUCAAGGAGCGCGGUCUGCACAUUUCCGGCCUGAUGGCAGUCGCUAUGGUUGGUUUCAUCAUCUCGGUUGCUACCCUCAAUGUCCCGGCUCGGUACUUCGCAUCGUUCCUUUUCACAUCUGGCUGCUUCUCAGCAAACGGCAUCGUCUUUUCCUGGUUCGCUGUUACGUUGAACCAGACCCCGGAGAAACGUGCCUGCGCCACGGCGAUGAUCAACUUACUUUCGCAGUUCGGCAACAUUUGGUCUCCCUACUUCUUUCCGAAAUCUGAUGGGCCAAGAUACCUCAUGGCCAUGCUGUUGAUGCUAGCAUUUAGCGUGCUGAGCAUUGCGUGCAGCUUGGUCAUGCGUAUGGUGUUGAUGAAGGCAAACAGGCGGCUGCGGGAGGAAGCAGAUCGGGAAGGAAAGCCUUUGGUGCCGUAUACCCUAUGA